AUGACGGCACCGGUAUAUCUAUCUCAUCUCAUCUAUCUAUCUAUCUAUCUAUCUAUCUAUCUCAGUCUGUUCUAUCUAUCUAUCUAUCUAUCUAUCUAUCUCAGUCUGUUCAUAUCUAUCUAUCUAUCUAUCUAUCUAUCUAUCUAUCUAUCUCAGUCUGUUCAUAUCUAUUCAUCUAUCUAUCUAUCUAUCUCAGUCUGUUAUUCAUUCAUCUAUCUAUCUAUCUAUCUAUCUAUCUCAGUCUGUUCAUAUCUAUCUAUCUAUCUAUCAUCUAUCUAUCUAGUCUGUUCAUAUCUAUCUAUCUAUCUAUCUAUCUAUCUAUCUAUCUAUCUAUCUAUCUAUCUCAGUCUGUAUCUAUCUCAGUCUGUUCAUAUUAUCUAUCUAUCUAUCUAUCUCAGUCUGUUCUAUCUAUCUAUCUAUCUAUCUAUCUAUCUAGUCUGUUCUAUCUAUCUAUCUAUCUAUCUCAGUCUGUUCAUAUCUAUCUAUCUAUCUAUCUAUCUGUAUUUUCCUAUCAACUUCAUUAUUUACAUCUUUAAAAAUAUGAUUAGUACACUUUCUAUCACUAAGGUUAAUUUACUGAACCGCUCGAAAUACCAGCAUCAUGUCCAGCUUAUUUAUUUGGGGUUCAUAACCCUCUCUUCAUAA